AUGGCUCUCAACAGCUACCUAAACAGUGAGUCUCUCACCACCCCUACCCACAGCGCUCCUCUACGCGUGCUCAGCUCACUGCUGCCCUCACAGAAUAUACACUAACAUCCCCUCUCCCUCUGUCUUGACAGAAAAAGUAUGCCUCAUCCUCGUGGACGGCCGAUGCAUGGUCGGCAACCUCAUCUCCUGCGAUCAAGUCACGAACCUAGCGCUCGAGAAUUGCGUGGAACGCGUCAUUCGCAGUCCGGAAGAGGAAGAAGCCAGUGAGGAAGAGCCGAGGGGGUUGUUCAUGGUGAGGGGGGAUAAUGUCGUGGUUUGCGGGUUGGUGGAUGAAGAGUUGGAUGGGAGUAUCGACUGGACCAAGGUUCGCGGGAGUGAGAUUGGGACGACGAAACAUGUAUGA